CAAGCAUUUCGAAGUAAAUUAUUUUAGACACAGAGACCUUGAUUGUAGAAGUAGUUGUUGGAGACAGUACAGGUGGAAGUUGUGGAGGAGGUGGUGCAGUCUGUAGAUUGCACAACCUGCGUGUAUGAUGGAUGACGUUGGCAGUAUCUUCCCCACACUGCUUCCUGUGGAUUCGAAAUUCAAAAUUUAUGAAGGUUUCAUCAAUGUGAAAGAGGACACGUUUCAUGUACGCAUUGAGCUGCCUGCUGGAUACCAGCCUGGUGUUAGCACACUGGAUGGCACUAUACUUGACGGCGACCAUCGAUUGUCUUUGUUGCUAGCUGACUGCGUGGACGUUAUUAGCCAACGGCUCUCCCUUAGCAACACUCUGUCUGCUUUCCUGGUGGAGUUCAAGCAUAUAGUGGAGCAUUGCCUGGCGACAUCUAAUACAGCAAGCGAGCAGGCAUUAGCCCUGCCGCCAAAGUUCUUCUCGAAGAUUGUGGAGGAGAUUGGUGUGAUUGGCUGGGAGAGACUGACCUUUGUUGACCCGUCGUUCUCCUCCCUCCAGCUCUCUGCCCAAGAUGAUGCUCAAAGAACUCAUCCCAUAACAGUGCACCUGCAUUCCAAUUAUCCAAUCAGUGCUCCACGUUGUACUGUGGACUUGCCCGUGGCAUUUGACCUGCGCUGGUCAUCUAAGGGUGGCUGUUUGCAGGAGGUGUACGACCAGUUCACCCAAGCUUUGAAGCUGUACCAGGACUUUUGGAACUUGAUGGACGAGAUCGACUCCAAUGUCUGGGUACUGGAGCCGGAAAAGCCCAAUCGAAGCGCAUUGCUACGCCGUAUUGCUAUUAGUAGUACAGCAUCUGUACAGAUUGAAGUAGAUCCAGUGAAGCCAAGGUCCUUGCCAAUCAUGCAGUUACUGGGUGCUGCACAAGCUGUGGCGCCGCUCAAGGAACACUUGAAUCGCAAUUUAGACCAAUGGGACCUGUAUCAAUCCAUACUGGAUAAUCUCACUGUGCUACUCGGUGUGGAGUUUCCCAGCAAGGCUACCACCAAAGAAGAGGAAUUAUUCGUCGCUUGUGGUAUAUGUUACACAUAUCGUCUCAACAAUGCCACUCCGGUGGAGGCCUGUGCGUAUGAACGAUGCAAGCAACCCUUCCAUCAACUGUGUCUCUAUGAGUGGCUGCGGACUCUGUCCACAAGUCGUGUGAGCUACAAUGUCAUCUUUGGAACGUGUCCAUAUUGCUCUCAGCCAAUCUCUGUGAAGACGGCCAGUUGAGCAGAGGAGAGAGUGUUGUGACUUGGAACAGUUUUCAGUACUACUCACUACUUGCUGCGACUUUCCCCAAUCACGACUUGCUGGGACUUUCCCCACUCACCUAUGCACCCAGUAGUACUUGUGCUGGUGUGGUUCUUCACCACUCCAUGCAUGCUGGGAUGUCUUGCAACUGGUGAGUGGUGGACGCACUAGCUGUACUCCUACUCCAGCCAAGCAUGCUGCUCCACUGGACUCGACCACCGCUUGCACUGCUCCAUAUGUGAGAGUCGAGGUCCACAUACCCUGCGCAUCAUGUACAGCGAGUGACACGCACAUGCAGGAGUAACGUUAUGCGAGGCUGUGGCGCGUGUCACUUGUAUGUCAGGCAGCUGCGAUUCCAGAAUGUAGAGAUACUCUCAGUGGAACAUGCUGCUCUUGCACCCCGGGUGUCUCCUUAACCGUGCUGUUCCGUGUAGCUACGGCCAACCUUGGGCGAGAGGAUGUUGUAUACUGCUGAUACUGACACAUGACAAGAGCAAGUCCUGUAUACCAGUAUUCUGCUCCGUGAUGCUAUGAGGCUGGUACAGCAACAAUAAGACUGAGAGAGAGAUGAACAUCCAUGCCCGGUGGGCGUGCAGGAACAUUGAACACGACCCUAGUGUCACAUCGGCUUUGCUACCCAUGCACAUCAUGUCCAUGGUCGGGGUUAGCUCUAUCCCUCUCAGUCUCCAAAUUCACUCCGUUUGUGUUUCCAACGGCGACCUGGCUUCUGUAUUGUGCUGUGACCAUUCUACCCGUAAUACAAUACGAACUAGGGAGUCGUGAAACGGCUCUGAUGGCUCACUGAUACGCACUGUAGACUCAUUGCAGAAUGACAGGGUAUCGGUUAGAAUAGUUGCAAUUCCAGGACUAACUUAUCUGUGUUCUUGCUGCUUUGCUCAUUUUCAUGGGCCAUGGGUGCCGCCGCAUGCGUGCACAAGAA